GAGAUGCAUCUGCUGCAUUAGCUGCUAUGAAUGGGAGAAAAAUUUUGGGAAAGGAGGUCAAAGUAAACUGGGCAACAACACCAAGUAGCCAGAGAAAAGAUACUUCCAAUCACUUCCAUGUGUUUGUUGGGGAUUUGAGUCCAGAAAUUACAACAGAAGAUAUCAAAUCAGCAUUUGCCCCUUUGGUAAAGUAUCAGAUGCCCGGUUAGUCAAAGACAUGGCAACUGGAAAAUCCAAAGGCUAUGGUUUUGUAUCUUUUUAUAACAAACUGGAUGCAGAAAAUGCAAUUGUGCAUGUGGGAGGUCAGUGGUUGGGUGGUCGUCAGAUCCGAACCAGUUGGGCCACACAUAAACCACCUGCACCUAAAAGUACACAAGAAAACAACACUAAGCAGUUGAGAUUUGAAGAUGUAGUAAACCAGUCAAGUCCAAAAAAUUGUACUGUAUACUGUGGAGGAAUUGCUUCUGGGUUAACAGAUCAGCUUAUGAGACAGACGUUUUCACCAUUUGGACAAAUUGUGGAAAUAAGAUUUUUUCCAGAGAAGGGCUAUUCAUUUGUCAGGUUUUCAACCCGUGAAAAGGCAGCGCAUGCCAUUGUUUCAGUGAAUGGCACUGCGAUUGAAAGACAUGUUGUUAAAUGCUAUCGGGGUAAAGAAUCUCCUGAUAUGACUAAAAACUUGCAACAGGUUGACUAUAGUCAGUGGGGCCAAUGGAGCCAAGUUUAUGGAAACCCACAGCAAUAUGGACAGUAUAUGGCAAAUGGGUGGCAAGUACCGCCUUAUGGGGUGUACAGGCAACCAUGGAAUCAACAAGGAUUUGGAGUAGAUCAGUCACCUUCUGCUGCUUGGAUGGGUGGAUUUGGUGCUCAGCCUCCCCAAGGACAGGCCCCUCCCCCUGUAAUACCUCCUCCUAACCAAGCUGGAUGUGGUAUGGCAAGUUACCAAACACAGUGAGCUGGGAC